CCCAUGCGUUAUGCUGAGGAUCCCACGGAAAUGCCGUCCCGCCCACUUCCUGAACACAUUUCUCCGUCCAGGCCAGUGUGUGAGCUGCUGCCUUGUCCUCCAGGGUUACGCAGUAGUGAAGAAGACAUCCGGUGAGUGUGAGACACCGAGCAGCCAUCCCCGUGUGUCAGGAGGACUGCGCAGGACCCAGAGCCCCAUCACGGUGCCUCCACCUCACUCACUGACACAUGAGACACAUUGACCAGAAUAUCCUGGAACUCCCUAACAAGAUCAUUCAGCUGCUGACUGGAGAGGAGGGGGAGUAUAUAGAGGAACACAGGGGUCUGUACAAGGACGUGAUGAUGGAGAAUCACCGGCCCCUCACAUCACUGGAUGGACCCAGUAACAGAGAUACCCCAGAGAGAUGUCCCCUUCCUCUGUAUUCCCAGGAUUGUACAGAGGAGAAUCACAGGAUCCCACAGGAGGAUCAGAUAGAACGUCUUUCUCGUAUAAAGGCAGAAGAUAUAAGGAGAGAAGAUGAGACGUAUAUGACUGAUAUGAAGGCAGAAGAUAUAGAGGGAGAAGAAGAGACGUAUAUGACUGAUAUAAAGGCAGAAGAUAUAGAGGGAGAAGAAGAGACGUAUGUGACUGAUAUAAAGGCAGAAAAUAUAGAGGGAGAAGAAGAGACGUAUGUGACUGAUAUAAAGACAGAAGAUAUAGAGGGAGAAGAAGAGACGUAUGUGACUGGUAUAAAGGCAGAAGAUAUAGAGGGAGAAGAAGAGACGUAUGUGACUGAUAUAAAGGCAGAAGAUAUAGAGGGAGAAGAAGAGACGUAUAUGACUGAUAUAAAGGCAGAAGAUAUAGAGGGAGAAGAAGAGACGUAUGUGACUGAUAUAAAGGCAGAAGAUACAGAGGGAGAAGAAGAGACGUAUGUGACUGAUAUAAAGGCAGAAGAUACAGAGGGAGAAGAAGAGACGUAUGUGACUGAUAUAAAGGCAGAAGAUACAGAGGGAGAAGAAGAGAUGUAUGUGACUGAUAUGAAGGCAGAAGAUAUAGAGGGAGAAGAAGAGAUGUAUGUGAGGGGUGAUCAGCAGUGUAAGGAGGAGGAGAUCCCUACAGAUAUCAGCACAGAUGGACACACAAGCAGGAAUAUCUCAGAAGGACUUCUAAUGUUAUUCCCGGAUUGUGACAUAAAAGAUAAUGACAGUAGACAGGAUUCUCCGGGAGAUAACCCCAUUACCCCAAUUAUACAUCCAGCUCUAUCAGCUGAUCCCUCUGAUCCUGGGAAAUGUUCUCCUCAUCACUCUGAUAUUGGUGCAUCUGUUACAGCUCUGACAGUAGAUACAGUGUUUCCCUGUUCUAUAGAUGCCAAAUGUUUUACACAGAACACAAAGCCUAUUAACGCACACACAGGUAAGGCAGGUGAAAGGCCACUGAUAUGUUCUGAGUGUGGGAAAUGUUUUACAUACAAAUUAGAUCUUUUUAUACAUCAGAGAAGUCACACAGGUGAGAAUCCAUUUUCUUGCUCUGAGUGCGGGAAAUGUUUUACACAAAAAUCACAACUUGUUACACAUCAGCAAAGUCACACAGCUGAGAAGGCAUUUCCAUGUUCUGAGUGUGGAAAAUGUUUUGCAUACAAAUCAGAUCUUGUUAUACAUCAGAGAAGUCACACAGGUGAGAAGCCAUUUUCUUGCUCUGAGUGCGGGAAAUGUUUUACAAAGAAAUCACAUCUUGUUACACAUCAGAGAAGUCACACAGGUGAGAAGCCAUUUUCUUGCUCUGAGUGCGGGAAGUGUUUUACACAAAAAUCGCAACUUGUUAUACAUCAGCAAAGUCACACAGGUGAGAAGUCAUUUCCAUGUUCUGAGUGUGGGAAAUGUUUUGCACACAGCUUAAAUCUUGUUAGACAUCAUAGAAGUCACACAGGUGAGAAACCAUUUUCUUGCUCUGAGUGUGGGAAAUGUUUUACAAGGAAAUCAAAUCUUAUUAUACAUCACAGAAGUCACACAGGUGAGAAGGCAUUUCCAUGUUCUGAGUGUGGGAAAUGUUUUGCACACAAAUCAGAUCUUGUUUUACAUCACAGAAGUCACACAGGUGAGAAGCUGUUUUCUUGCUCUGAGUGUGGGAAAUGUUGUGUAAGUAAAUCACAUCUUGUUAUACAUCACAGAAGUCACACAGGUGAGAAGCCAUAUUCUUGCUCUGAGUGCGGGAAAUGUUUUACACAAAAAUCACAUCUUGUUACACAUCAGCAAAGUCACACAGGUGAGAAGCCAUUUCCAUGUUCUGAGUGUGGGAAAUGUUUUGCACACAAAUCACAUCUUGUUAGACAUAACAGAAGUCACACAGGUGAGAAACCAUUCUCUUGCUCUGAGUGUGGGAAAUGUUUCACACGGAAAUCACAACUUGUUACACAUCAGCAAAGUCACACAGGUGAGAAGACAUUUCCAUGUUCUGUGUGUGGGAAAUGUUUUGCACGGGAAUCAGAUCUUGUUAUACAUCACAGAAGUCACACAGGUGAGAAGGCAUUUCCAUGUUCUGAAUGUGGGAAAUGUUUUGCACGGAAAUCAGAUCUUGUUAUACAUCAUAGAAGUCACACAGGUGAGAAGCCAUUUCCAUGUUCUGAGUGUGGGAAAUGUUUUGCACAGAAAUCAGAUCUUGUUAUACAUCACAGAAGUCACGCAGUUGAGAAGCCAUUUUCUUGCUCUGAGUGUGGGAAAUGUUUUACCUGGAAAUCACAUCUUGUUAGACAUCAGCGAACUCACAGAGGUGUGAGGCUAUUUCUAUACUCUGAGAAAUAAAUCAGCUCUUGUUGAACACAAUAGAAAUCUCUGAGGUGAGGAACCAUUUUAAGCUUCUGGGGUAUACUCAUCAUUGCCAUGCGUUCUUCAAGGUUCUUAUCCUAUCUCCUAUGCUUUUGAAAUACACAUGUUACUGCAGGGUGAAAUAAUCAGAUGUCAUGUCCUCAUCUACCACUGCUAUGCAGAUGACCUGCCUUUUGCUCCAGGUACUGAGAACCCAGUACCAAUCCUAAAUGGUUGUCUAGCUGAGCUCCAGGUGUGGGUGAUGCCAGUUGGCUGUGAUUCAGUCCUGGUGAGACAGGUCCUUAUGAUAGAAGCUCACCAACAAAGGGCAGGGCUACAGCUCAGCUUUGCAAACCAACCAGACUUACGCUUGGGGGUUCAGAGUUACAAAAUGCUGAUCCUGUGUGGAAUCUUGGUGUCCUGGAUGGUGGAGUGACACUUAGACAUCAGGUAUCAGCCACAAUCAGAUCCUCAUCUGAGGAACAUAGCCAGACUCCAGCACUUAUUUCCCUCAGAUCUACCUACAGUCAUACAUGUACUUGUAUCAUCACACAUAGACUACUGCAAUGUCCUCUACCUGGGUCUCCCAGCAAAAGAAUUGCAUCGGUUGUACCUUGUACAGAAUGCAGCAGCCAGGCUGUUACCUAACCAGCCCGUUCCUGCCACAUAACACCCAUUCUCUGCUCCCUUCCCCGGCUGCCUGUAAGAUGGGGACUCUAUUACAUAAUCUUACUGACUCUCCCAGCCCUACAUGACCAGGGUCCAUGGUACCAGAAGCAGCUUCUGCCUCCUUACUGCCCUGCUUUCUUACUUCCACCUGCAGAUGAAGGACUGUUACCAGCAGUACCAAGAUUCCCCAAUAAGUUCUGAGAUGUCAGAGGGGGAGACAGGGUGGUGGCACUAGUGCUGUAGCGGGGGCUGCCGGAGGCACUGUCUGUGGGUAAUAUCCCCAAGCAGUGCUAAGGUGUCAGAGGGGAGACAGGGCAG